CGAUUUUGUACAAAUAAACAUUUCACCAGUUUUGAUAAAUCAUUAGAUUAAAAAUGUCGCGUUUGUGUGUUUUAUUUUUUCUUGCUUUCUUCAAUUUUGGUAUUUUGGCAAAUCCUUCCGUUGUUAUAAUCGGCGCUGGGCCUUCAGGAAUAGCGGCAGCAACAAAACUUCUACAAAACGGAAUCCACGACAUUAAAAUCCUCGAAGCUGAGGAUCGAAUUGGUGGCCGAAUAAAUUCCGUCCACUUUAGUGAUGGAAUUGUUGAUUUGGGGGCACAAUACUGCCAUGGAGAGAAAGGCAAUGUUGCCUAUAAUCUAGCAAAGGAUUUGGACGUCCUUGAGCCAGGCUUAAGGUCCCUUCAAAACAAUGUCUACUACUCGAACGGCUCACGACUCGACCCCGAUCUGAUCGAAGAAUUGAGACAAGUGUAUUUGAAAUAUGACCAAAACGAAAACUAUGACACUAAAGGAAAAUCUUUGGGAGACGUGUUUAUCCAAAAAUACAAUACGACACUGUUCCCCAAACAUUUAAACAGCGAAACUGAGUCAUUAUUGAGCGAAGGGUUGCGGUUCCUGGAAGGUUACGUUCUAAUCCACGAAGGUGCCUUUUCCUGGUUUAAUGUGUCGGCUGACUGUGACUAUGUCCAAUGCGAGGGGAACCAAGCCCUGACCUGGAAAGGGGGCUACAAGACCGUCCUCAAAAUCAUGAUGGACGGCUUACCAAUCGACGAAAAAAUUCGUCUCAAAACCAGAGUCGAACAAAUCAAUUGGGACAAAAACACAGUCACAGUUUUAGCAUCAAAUAACCGGACGUAUUCGGCCGAUUAUGCAAUUUUCACCCCAUCUGUUGGUGUUUUAAAACGCCACAAAUUAUUCACUCCAAAUCUACCAAUCGCCAAGCAAAAAUCAGUCGAAGCCACCGGUUUUGAAGGCGUAAUGAAAGUCUUCCUGCACUUCCCUCAAAAAUGGUGGGGGGACUCCGACCAAGCGUUUGCAUUUUUCUGGAGCCAGAAGGACCUGAAGCUGAUAUGGGACAAACCAUGGGUGACCCAAGUCCGCUACAUCCUCAAAGUCCCCCAUAAUUCCAACGUAUGGGUGGCCUGGAUCACGGGCGAUUUGGUUCCAGAAAUUGAAAAACUACCAUUGGAGGUUUUCAAGAUUGGGGUUAAAUUCGUCUUGGAGCGGUUUUUGAACGGGAAAUACCACGUGACCGAGAUUGGGGAUGUUCUUAGAUCGAAUUGGUGCACAAACCCUAAUUUUGGCGGCACUUAUUCAUUCACGAGAGUUGGGUUUUACAAUAAGGGGUUCUCGCAUCAGGAGAAACUAGCUGAGCCUUUGCUAAAUGAGGGAAAGCCGGUGGUUUUGUUUGCAGGGGAGGCGACACAUCCUGUGCACUUUCAGACCGUUCAUGGGGCUAUUGAGACGGGGUAUCGGGAGGCGGAAAGGAUAAUUCGCAUUCACAACCAUACAAAUAAAAUUUAAUUGUUCAAAUAAAAAACUAUAUUUCCUAAAACAUUAAAUUAUUUUGUAAGUUUUUUUUAGAAAUCUUAAAUAAAUCCAUUUCUAGAG